GAUGAUAUUGACAGUUCCACAGCAAAGCUUCCUCUUUUUCUACUCUGUAUUUCCUCUCUCCAUUUUCUCUCUUUCAUUUUUUAAUCUAUUCUCGAGUUUAGCAAUAAAUGAUCAAGUAGGACAUUCAAUUCAGGACGUGCUUCAGUUAUGUUUCUGCUUUCUCAUUUUAUGAUGUUAGAAUCUCCACGGCGCAAAAGUGUUUUCAAAAAUUUUUUUUUUUCUUCCGCUUUUGUCAUUCCAUGGAAUAUUGCUCUCUGCAGCAGUAGUUGUACAAAUUAUGGCACUCAAACUACCUGAGAAAAGCUGAAGCACAUACCAUUUCCUGUCCUGCUGCUUCUUUAUAAAUCUGAAUCAUUGACAGGGGAGAGCAACAACAAUGGAAGUGAGCAACAGCUACGUAGUAAUCAAGGCUCAUAUAGAUGGUUCACCAAAAGAGAGUGACUUUGAGCUCAAAUCAGAGUCCAUUUCCCUGUUGCUGGACUCAGGUUCAAAUGACGUUAUAGUGAAAAAUCUCUUUGUAUCCAUAGAUCCUUACCAGCUAAACCGCAUGAAGAGUCAGAGCUCAUCGCAAAUGUACUGCACAUUAGCAGCUGCGAUUAAUCCAGGCCAGGCUAUUGAUGCUUAUGGAGUAGGAAAAGUUUUGGUUUCUGGGAAUCCUGAAUUCCAGAAAGAUGACUUGGUUGUAGGGUUCAUUACAUGGGGGGAAUAUAGUGUCAUGAAACCAGGGGGCAUGCUAAGGAAAUUGGAUCCUAUGGGAUUUCCAUUGUCACACCAUCUUGGAAUUCUAGGAUUGAGCGGUCUGACAGCCUAUGCUGGGUUUUUCGAAGUAUGUAAACCCAAGAAGGGGGAGAAGGUGUUUGUGUCUGCUGCUUCUGGAUCGGUUGGGAAUUUGGUCGGACAGUAUGCAAAGCUGUUCGGUUGCUAUGUUGUUGGCUCCACCGGAAGCAAAGAAAAGGUACAACUCCUGAAAGAGAACCUUGGGUUUGAUGAUGCAUUCAACUAUAAAGAACAAACAGAUUUGAAGGCAACUCUCAAGAAGUACUUCCCAGAUGGGAUUGAUAUAUAUUUUGACAAUGUUGGGGCAGAAAUGCAAGAGGCAGCAAUAGCUAACAUGAAUGUGUUUGGCAGAGUAGCUGUUUGUGGGGUGAUCUCUGAGUACACAGACCGUGGAAGAAAAGCUGCACCUGAUAUGAUAGAUAUUAUAUAUAGGAGGAUCAAAAUCCAAGGGUUUUUAGCUUCUGAUUUCUUGAAUGUUUAUUCUGAUUUCAUUUCAACAACUUGUGAUUAUCUCCAGGCCAGCAAGAUGCACAUACUUGAAGAUAUCUCAACUGGUGUUGAAAUCAUUCCUUCUUCUUUAAUUGGACUUUUUAGAGGUCAUAAUGUUGGGAAGAAGAUGGUUCAAUUAGCAGAUUGUCUCAUUGAUGCUCAUAUUUGAAGUUGGUUUCGAAAGGAGAAAACAAUAAGAAAAACAAAUUCAAUUAUCUUGGUGCCUGUAACCAUUAUCUUAAUUGCAAUGAUAGUUUUUCAAGUGGAUUAUUUGCAGCAA